AUUUGUUUGUACGUAAUCCCCCAAGGUUUCCUCAGCCAUGUCUUCUUCGUUGCCAUCUAAAGAUUUCGAAGAGGGUAAUGCUUAUGAUGAUGAUGAUGAAGGCCAAGGGAGAGGAUUGGUUUCUGGGGAAAACGUUCUGCAAAAACAUGUUGCGUUCUUCGACAGAAAUCACGAUGGCUUUGUUUAUCCAUGGGAGACUUUUGCAGGUUUUCGAGCGAUCGGUGCUGGUUAUUUACUGUCUUUGCUCAGUUCCUUCCUUAUCAACGCCGCCCUCAGUCGCAAGACUCGCUCAGGAAAAUCUCUUUCUCUUGAUUCUCUUAUGCUUCCCAUCGAGGUUAAGAAUAUCCAGUUUGCGAAGCAUGGGAGCGACUCUGGUGCAUAUGACAGUGAAGGGAGGUUUGUGCCCUCCAAGUUCGAACGAAUCUUCACCCAAUUCGCUCGUACUCAUCCUGAUGCCUUAACGUCCGAUGAACUGUCCGCAAUGCUCAAGGCUAACAGGGAACCCCAGGAUUACAGAGGAUGGGUUGCUAGCUUGACGGAGUGGAAGACUUUAUACAUGUUGUGCAAAGACGAACAAGGAUUGCUGAGGAAGGAGACAAUUAGAGGUGUUUACGAUGGAAGCUUGUUUGAACAAAUGGAGAGGGAAAGAUCUGGAGCUGCCAAAAAGAAAGAGUAAUUAAUUA